AUGGAGUCCUUCAGCUCAAAGAAUCUGGCAAUGCAAGCGGAGAAGAAGCUACUGAGUAAGAUGGCAGGUCGGUCUGUGGCUCAUCUCUUCAUCGAUGAGACAAGCAGCGAGGUGCUAGAUGAGCUCUACCGUGUGUCCAAAGAGUACACGCAAAGCCGGUCCCAGGCCCAGCGGGUCAUCAAGGACCUCGUCAAGGUGGCUGUCAAGGUGGCCGUGCUGCACCGCAGCGGGUGCUUUGGCCCCAGUGAGCUGGCCCUGGCUGCCAGCUUUCGCCAAAAACUGCGGCAGGGCGCCAUGACGGCGCUCAGCUUUGGCGAGGUGGACUUCACUUUCGAGGCCGCGGUGCUGACCAACCUGCUGACCGAGUGCCGGGACAUCCUGCUGGCGCUGGUGCAGCACCACCUCACGCCCAAGUCACACGGCCGGAUCCGCCACGUGUUCGAUCACUUCUCUGACCCGGGCCUGCUCACGGCCCUUUACGGGCCUGAUUUCACUCAGCACCGCGGCAAGAUCUGCGAUGGGCUCAGGAAGUUGCUGGAUGAGGGAAAACUCUGA